AUGAAUUCUGCACAAGGACUACGGAAAGGAUUGGUUGAACAGUGGCAGGCGGCGGUGUCGGCGACGGACAAGUUUGCUUUCUUGAAAGCUUAUUUGCUCGAUCGCGACAUGCAAUCGAUCGAGAUCCAGCCCUACUUCGAAGAGCUUUCCGAGAGCCAGAAUACGGAACAGUUCAUCGAGCUGCCUCUUUGCGAGAUCAAAGAAAAGUACGAGAAGCUGCCUGGAGGCGACAAGUUUAUCGCUGACCUGAUCAGCAGUCAGAAAGGCAAGGACCACCCGCAAAGCACCGAUCCCAAUUGGAAGAUCUACAAGGUCUUCAACUGUGUCAAAAAACAAGAGACGCCCGACUGCAUUCUGGUGCUGUUUGCUUGUCUCACAUCUGACACGUUCCCAAUCUGCAAAUCAGAAUCCCGCCGAGAUUCCCAGAUCAGCCGCUCCGGCUCCAAAACGAAAGCGACGAUCAAGCCGUCUCAGAACGCCAAAGAACGCCAGGCCUUAGUGGAUACUCUGGAGGCCAAGGUGAGUUCGAUGGGCAAGAAUUCCGUCUCCGCCGAUGCAAAGCCCAAGGUUAAAGCAAAGGCGCAGAAGGAGCUGACGGCGGACGAGAAGAUGAACAAGGACUUUCAACGUGAUCACAUGGGGCUUCAGAAAAUGGUUUUCGCCUGCACGCCUGUGGAGGAAUGCAUUGCUGCCCUCGAAGAGUACAAGCCGACAAUGGCAGGGGGCAAGAUCAUCACAGAUGCAGAAGACAUCGUCGAUUCCCACAAACGCCUGGCUGCAGAGAAACGCAAGCGAGAGAAGGAAGAGAAGAAGAAAAAUAAUCCGGAUGGAGAAGAGAUGGACGAUGACGCCUGCGAAGAGGACGAUAUGCAAGAGGACGAUAUGCAGACCGGUGGCAAUGCCGCCGAUGAUGACUGGGGCGAAGAGGAGGAGCCACCUGCAAAGCGGGUUCGGGAUUACUGGGCAGAUCAAGAUCAGCAGUGGUGCCGGGAUCAUCCGAUCCUGACGGUAUCCGACUGGGGAGACUGUGUGCCGCUACGCCUCUAUGGCGAUGGGGCAGAGUUCACCAGCAGCCCGUUUGCAAACACGUUUUGUGACAUGAUGUGCAAUGAUCCCCUAAAGCUAUGCCUUCAUUCUUGUCCCAACCGAGAAAAGCUGUCUUGCAUCAAUAUGAUGUAUCACAAUGAUGACUCCAGAUGGGCCAUUUUGGAAGUUUUGUCCUGGUCCAUGGAAUCUUUAGCAAGCGGCCGGUAUCCGACAGCCGACCCCUGGGGCAAUGUGUUCAGCUGCAGCUACGAGCCCGCCCGAUGGAAGGUCGCAGGCGAAUGGCUAGCAGGAGGCAAAUGCGGGAUCCUUGAUGGCUUCCAAGCCGACCUGGAGUUCAUCAAGAAAAUCUUCUUCUUGAAGCGAAACUCAGCCUCACUGAUUGUUUUCGCUAAACCCUAUAAAUAUUCUAAGCCCUAA